AUGCCGCGGCAUGCGCACAUGAAAUCUUUGGGCUUAUGCCCCCUGCCGGGCCUUCUUGGCGCGAGCGCCGCACCGGACGUGACGCCACGCGGCCCGGCGCACCGAGAGGCGGCGGCGGGGCGAGGUUGCGCUGCUCUCCCGGCGGCACGCCGCGUUCCUUCAGCCCUCGCGCCCGGCGGUGGUGCAGCCCGCGAGGCCUCGGCUUUUCUGGCGAAGUCGUUGCGGGGAGCGGACGGAGGGACUACUUUCCUGCGGCGCCGCGCAUGCGCAGGCGCGGGGACUGAGGGCGCGGAGGGAUACGGGGCCGCCGACCGUUCGCGGGGCCGCGCGGGAGGUGCUGCGGCUCGGGGUGAGAUCGCUGCGCGCAGCAGGAGCGCGAGGGGGAGCCGCGGUCGCCAUUUUGCAGCGGCGGCUGGGGGAGGCGGCGCGAGGAGCGCUCCCGUCCGCACGGCCCGGCCCCGCCGCCGCCACCGCCCUCCCGCUGCCCGCGCCUCAGGCCCUGCCCCGCCGCAGCCAUUGCCGACCUCGCCAUGUCCGGGGGGGGGCGUGAUCCGCGGCCCGGCCGGCAACAACGACUGCCGCAUCUACGUGGGGAACCUGCCCCCCGACAUCCGCACCAAGGACAUCGAGGACGUCUUCUACAAGUACGGCGCCAUCCGCGACAUUGACCUCAAGAACCGCCGCGGGGGGCCGCCCUUCGCCUUCGUCGAGUUUGAGGACCCCAGGGACGCGGAGGACGCCGUGUACGGGCGGGACGGCUACGAUUACGAUGGGUAUCGCCUCCGCGUGGAGUUCCCUCGCAGCGGCCGGGGCACCGGCAGAGGCGGCGGAGGAGGUGGAGGUGGAGGAGCCCCCCGGGGCAGGUACGGGCCCCCAUCGCGGCGCUCGGAGUACAGAGUGAUCGUCUCGGGGCUGCCUCCAAGUGGAAGUUGGCAGGAUUUAAAGGAUCACAUGCGUGAGGCAGGUGAUGUAUGUUAUGCUGAUGUUUUCCGAGAUGGCACUGGUGUCGUGGAGUUUGUACGGAAGGAAGAUAUGACCUACGCUGUGCGAAAACUGGAUAACACUAAAUUUAGAUCUCAUGAGGGAGAAACUGCCUACAUCCGUGUUAAAGUUGAUGGUCCAAGAAGUCCAAGCUAUGGAAGAUCUCGGUCACGCAGCGUAGUCGUAGCAGAAGCCGUAGUCGAAGCAACAGCAGAAGCCGCAGUUAUUCCCCAAGAAGAAGCAGAGGAUCUCCACGCUACUCUCCCCGCCACAGCAGAUCCCGAUCUCGUACAUAAACGAUCACUAGCUCUGAUCUUUUUGUAGAACCCCAUGUUGUACACAGUUUUCCUUUACUCAGUACAGUCUUUCAAUUUUUUUUUAAUUCAAACUGUUUUAUUCAAAUUGGCUGAAGUGUUGAAUUGCAUUCUUGUGUAAAAUCCCUAGUGAGUAUUUGCUCCGUAACAUCAACAUUCCCCUCAUGUCUUUGGUAAAUUGUAUUUUAAUUGAUGUCAGUCAGGAUUGUUUCAAUUUAGUUCUAGUUAAAUACCAACACUCUUCAAACUGUGGUAUUGCUGUGUAAAUGUCUCAGUGUUCAGCUAUGGUUUAUACGAGCUGGGGAUGUUGGGAUGUUUGUGGCUAACUUGUCUCUUCUGGGGGAUCUUAUAUUUUAUCUUGCCUUUUCGUGUGUCUUUCUGUAGACAUAUCUGAAGAGAUGGAUUAAGAAUGCUUUGGAUUAAAGGAUUGUGGAGCACAUGUCAAUCAUUUUAGGAUUGUCAAAAGGAGGAUUGAGGAGGAUCAGAUCAAUAAUGGAGGCAAUGGUAUGACUCCAAGUGCUAUUGUCACAGAUGAACUUGGCAGUAUUGACCUUAUACUGAGAGACAGGUUAAUUGAGUACGUGCGCCUGCGUGUCACUUCUUCAGGCAUGUUUUAGUUACUGCAGGCUACAAUUGCUCUUCUUAAAACCUUUUUUUUUUGGCAAUUGUGGCUAAAUACUUGCUUUUGUAAUUCUCUAUUCCAUUCUAGUUUUUUAAAGGAACAAACCGGGACGGGGGUGGGAGCAUUGGUUUACUUUGUCAUGCAGCAUUUGGUUACAAGUGUUAAUGUUGCGUAGUAUUUGUACACUUGUAGAUGAAGGGUAUCUUCAAAUCAGAGUAUAAUAUCAAUACUGCUAAAAUCUGCAUGUCCUCUGUGUGACUGAUACAGCGUUGCUAUUUCAUUUUUUUAAAGUACCAGAAUGAAAGCGAAAAUAGAAAACCUAGUUGGGAGUAAUUUAAGUCUCAGCCCUUCCCCUCAGACUAAUUCACAAUUGACUCACGAAUAUGCUUGAAAACUCCAGUUAGUUAAUUUUGUUACCUUCCAGCUGGGAGUACUAGUUAUAGCUUAGACAUACAGUAGGCGGAUAGCUUUAGCAGUAAACUUUUACAAUUUCAUAAACAUUUUUUGCAACCACAAAACCUGUAGCACACCACCGUACGAGCAAUGAGUAUGUUGGCAUUUUCAGUUGGCAUAUGUAAAUAUUACGAUGUUUCCUCCAAAUAAUUAACAUUUCUAAGAAAAAAAAAGAAAAUUAGCAUCACCGUUCAAAAGCUUGUUUUGGGGAAUUGAUAGUUAUUAAUGUACAUCUGUAUUAAUUGAUGGCAAACAUAACUGAUCAUUCCCCAGAAUCCUAUUUUUUCAUUACAGUAUCUAACUUUUUGCCUCCUCUUUUUUGGUUUUGCUGGUUAUAAAGGUUUGGAUUGGAGAGGGCUCACUGGAUCCCAAUCCUUGGAGCUGGAUCAUUGGAUUCAAAUCAUAAUGUGGAUAGGAUAGGGAGGCUGAAUUGCAAGGAUUCAUGGAGCGGGAUCAGAUUACCAGGAACAUAGGAGUGGAUUCCUGCCCCAACCAAACCGCAUUCGUGUGGAUUUUUUUAUUCAACUCAAUUGGCUAUUCCAAAGAUAUUUUUUUUCCUAUUUCUGACGAUUGGAGCCCUUAUGAUGCACGAUGGAGUUUUUCAUUUUUUGGUAAAAGGAGCAAAGCGAGGACCUGGAGAGGUACGCUGGAGCAAUCUCCUUGGAAGGAUUCAGCACGAGUAGAUGGUAAACGUUAAAGGGGAAAAAGGGGGGUUUGUUUAAACAAAGUAAAUCAAUAAGUCGUUUCUCUAAAUUUAAAGUCAAAAAUUGGAGUUAAAGAUUAAGUAGGUUUUCAAUUGGCUACUGCCUUUUUUUCUUUGACAAAUAAAAUUUUUAAAAAAACA